AACACAAUAAUGAGUUUAGAGGGGAUGACUAUAGACUCAUUUCUUAUCUUACGGACAUUUAGUUGACGGUAGCCGGCUUAAUGAAUAGGAAUGGAAUUAUAAUUACCCGAUCUCACGUUAGUGUAUACGUACACAUAUAGCCCCAAAUUUUUGAAUCAGUGUCCAACAAUCUAGCGAUCGACUAACGUCUCGGAGCGAGUUCCUUGGGAGAUUGGUAUUACGUCAGUUGUAUCAAAAGACAAGAAAAAUAAUUAAAAAUCAAUAUGAGUAUCAACUUAAAUAUGGACACAGAAAUGAUCGAUAAUGCAAGAAACGACGAGAUCGAGAGAAAUAUGUUGAGUGAAAUAAACUUGGAGGAAAUAUAUCCUGCUUUUGAAGAUCAGGAUAAUUCAAGUAAACUGGGUGAAGCGGAAUUCGAUCGUUUAGCUCAAAUGACAGUGAGAAAUAUCAUGUAUGGAACCCAAGAAGAUUAUAAUGAAGAUUUACUUGAUUUUUCUUUAUCUGACAUGGCUGGACUAGAACUUGACACGGAAAACACCCAAGUACACACAAUGCUAAGUUUUGAUCACAAUUAUAAUUAUCACGAGGAUAAUAGAGAGCUAACAGUAGUGGACGUAUGGGCGGUCAUUUCUAAAAAAGCGAUUGAAUCAAGUUUAAGCACUGCAGUUCUAGCUUGAAUAUGAUCCCUCGAUCUUGUCUGUGCACUUGCGAUCGCUAAACACGAGUGCUCGAGAAAAAUGAAAAGUUGAUACUUGGUAAUGAUCGUAUAAAGAAUUUUUUACCCAUGAGAGAUGAAUAAAAUCGACGUACAGAAGAAUAUAUUGGGUUACAUAACUUUUAUGUAUAAAUUAGCUGCGCUGCAUUAUAUGAUAUACUGAAUGUAUAUCAUAUAAUGCAAAAUAGAAAGCUAGCGCUUUCUAUAACAUUUGCCAGAUAAAAUGUGAUUUAUUUAUACAAAUUUAAAUAAUCAAUGGAAUAGGAUCAUAUAUGAAUUAUAAACUCUGAAGAUAUAAAAUUAUGGAAAAAAGAGUUACUGAUUAAACAAUCAGUGAAUUGUUAAGAGAUUCUGAGCAAAGAUAAUGAUAAUGAAAUAUUAAUAGAAUGAUUCCAAUUUUAGAAACUGUCAGAAUGAUGGUUGUAGAAAAGACGAAUAUUUAAAUCUUUUGAAAAGUUUGACUGAUGAUCGAUUGGGAGAUUAUAAAUUAUUUGUAAAAAAAUUAGGCCUACAAGUUAAAAUAAGUAUAUAAAUUUUGAGAGAAAAAAUGUUCGUCAUUAAUACAUUUACUCCUCUAUUUUUCAUAUUUAAAAAAUAAAAAAUAUUUCAAAAUUAAAUUAAUUUGACAGAACAUAAAAGUUUA